GCAUAGUUUGAGGAAGAGAUGAGAUGGGAACAGGGUGGUCGCAAGAUGAAACUCCACAGGUUCGGGAAGAGUCUCUUCCACAAAUUACAGAACAAGGUAGCCCGAGGAAACCAUUAAUUUCACUCAGCACUGAGAGAGAUUCUUUAAGGGUUAGUGAUGCAACACCACCAGAAGCAAAGCUGCCCCACAACUACGAAGCCAUUGUCAAACAUGCAGACUCACCAUUUGACUCCUCCUCCUCCACUGAAAAGCUGUAUAACCAGCUCCAGGCUGGAGUAUUCUUAAACCAAGAAAAGAAGAAGUAUUGGGUUGAUCGGAAGUCCAGCAGCAACUGCUUCAUGUUAUUUGCAAGGGAUCUCUCAAUCACUUGGGCUGAAGACAACCGCUAUUGGCACUGGUCCUAUCUCAAAGAAACAAGUGAUGUGUUUGUUGAUGUUGCUGAACUGCUAAAAGUUUGCUGGCUGGAAAUUCAAGGAAAAUUUGAGAUGGUAAACCUCUCACCAGGAAUCGUUUAUGAGGUGGUGUUUUUGGUCAUGCUGAAAGAUCCCGCUUUUGGGUGGGAAGUUCCAAUGAAUGUUACGCUCAUUCUCCCUAAUGGAACAACUCAACAGCAUGAAGAAAAUUUGAUGGAAAAGCCAAGGGGACGAUGGAUAGAAAUUCCAGCAGGGGAGUUUCGGACAUCUUCUGAAAAAAUUGGAGACAUUCAAUUCUCCCUCUAUGAAUGCAAAGCUGGGAUUUGGAAGAGAGGUCUGGUCAUCAAAGGUGUUGCCAUUCGGCCAAAAGCCUGAAGCUUUAGAACUACCAAGAAGUACAAUACCCAUUCUUAUUCAGAUUUUUAUUUAGACGUUGUGACCUAGCAUGGUAGCAAGUGCUAUAUAAUGCUAGUUUUGUGGCCCGGGUUUGUACUUCAAGGAUCCGUCUCUCUGCAAAAGUGCGAGUAAUAAUGCCUAACUACUAUCGCUUCCGAACCCCACUGUAAAUGGAAGCCUAGCGAACUAGGCACAAGACAUGUAAUAAAUAUAAUCAUAACCUAAGGUUGGACAAUAAUAAAGCUCCAUUCUCGGACAAA